AUGAGAAACAGAGGACAAAACCAGAACAAGUUCUUGAGAAUUAUCUCAACACCUCUUAGAGCCUUAGGCAAGGCACGUGAUUUCUACGUGAGAAGUAUCACGGGCUGCGCAUCUCGGACUCAGUAUUCCUCCUCCGCCCCUUUUCCAAGAAGCCGGAGCUCCUCCUCCGCCGCCUUCUCCUCAUCAGCAUCUUCCCGGAGAACCACCGAUUUUGGGAUUGACGACGAUUAUAGCGAGCUAGUGAGAGCUGCCUCGGUUAGGAGUCUAGGGCACAAGAAUGAGAUCGACAUGUUUAUGCAAGAGAAGCUGCAACAGCAGAAGAAGCAGAAGCAAGGAGGGUUGCCGAAGAGCUCGAGCGUAGGUAUGGCGAGGAUAGAGGAAGAGGAAGAAGCAGAGGAAGGAUCCGUAAACCCGAAGAUGAAGAAGACCAAGAAAGUCUCUGAUCUCUUGUAUCCUCGCAGCAAAUCAUAUGCUGUUACUGGUAGCCCUAAACUGUAG